AUGACCAACGACAACUCCAACAACGGCGGCGAGGCCAAGUCCUCCUUCACCGUCAAGGCCGGUCUCGCCCAGAUGCUCAAGGGCGGCGUCAUCAUGGACGUGACCAACGCCGAGCAGGCCCGCAUCGCCGAGGAGGCCGGAGCCUGCGCCGUCAUGGCCCUCGAGCGAGUCCCCGCCGACAUUCGCAAGGACGGAGGCGUCGCCCGCAUGUCGGACCCCGCCAUGAUCAAGGAGAUCCAGGAGGCCGUCACCAUCCCCGUCAUGGCAAAGGCCCGCAUCGGUCACUUUGUCGAGUGCCAGAUCCUCGAGGCUCUCGGUGUUGAUUACAUUGACGAGAGUGAGGUUUUGACUCCUGCCGAUGAUGAGAGCCACGUUGAGAAGAGCCCCUUUGGUGUUCCCUUUGUCUGCGGCUGCCGAAACCUGGGUGAGGCUCUCCGUCGCAUUGCCGAGGGCGCCGCCAUGAUCCGAACCAAGGGUGAGGCCGGCACCGGUGAUGUUGUCGAGGCCGUCCGUCACAUGAAGACCGUCAACCGCCAGAUCGCCCAAGCCAAGGCCGCCCUCGCCGAAGGCGGCAUCAUCCGCAUCCGCGAGCUGGCCCGCGAACUCGAGGUGGACGCCGAACUCCUCCGCCAGACAGCCGAGCUGGGCCGUCUCCCCGUCGUCAACUUUGCCGCCGGUGGUGUCGCUACCCCCGCCGACGCCGCCCUCAUGAUGCAGCUGGGCUGCGAUGGCGUCUUUGUCGGCAGCGGCAUCUUCAAGUCUGGCGACCCCGCCAAGCGAGCCAAGGCCAUCGUGCGCGCGACGACGCACUUCAAGGACCCCAAGGUGCUGGCCGAGACGAGCACCGGACUUGGCGAGGCCAUGGUGGGCAUCAACUGCGACAGCAUGAAGCCCGAGGAGAAGCUUGCCGUCCGGGGAUGGUAA